UGAGUAUUAUAUUUUUCCAACAGGUGAAGACUUUUUGCAAUGAUGCAAAUCAUGUUACAACAGCGCCAACUAAGCAGAACCUUUUAUGCAGUAAAAGAAGUACUUGGGACGUUAUAUCAAAACAUCCAGAUAUCAGUAAAACGCCAUCUGGAGAUUUUCACGGCAAUAUCUCCUAUAGUAUCCAGCAUUCAUCAACAGGCCCAUCAAUUGACAGAUUUGUGUUUCUUUUGGAUGUGACUAAGAAAAUGAGUCCACAGGGUGUAUUCCAAAGGUGGGAAUAUGUAAGGGAUGCUGUACGCCGGUUUAUAAUGACAAAAGCUACUGAUGGCUCUCAGGUGGCUGUCAUUUCAUUUGGCAAUUCAUUGCCAGCAGUCCAUCCUUUAGUUACAUUGAAUGCAACAAACAGGAAAGAGUUAAGUGAUCUUGUUCAAGAGGAUGCUGGUAGUGAUACUCUCAAGAACUUGUCCCUUGGUAUAAGUAUUGCUGCUAAUGUAUUAGGUGAGAGUGGUAGGAUAAUUUUGAUAACCGAAAAUCUGGAAAACCACCUUGAAGAUAAACUGGCUCUAGUGGAGAGUGCAAAUGGACUAGCAGUUCAACCUAUUUUGUAUCCUGCUAAUCCUGAUGUAUCUACUGAUUUAUACCGGCCUGUAGCAGAAAUUAAUAAUUUAGAACCACAAGUAGUUAAUAAUUUACUGGUUGAUACUUCACAGUCAGUCGAAUGCCUUUUAAACCUUACCCAUUUUAUACAGAAGGCAUGCCAAAGUGCAUAUGUGGAGGUCACAUCAGGAAAAUCUAGCAAAACCUCAGAUGAAAUCAAACUUGUGGUUGAUACUUCAAUGUAUGAAUCAGAAUUUUUAAUAGAAAUAUUGACUGAUGGAUCAACACCACUGGAAUGUUCAGUUGAAUGCCCUCCAGCUAUUGAAAUUGAACAGGAUCUGACUUUGGAUUCAACCAGAUCAAUAAUAUUUAGGGGGAAAUCUUUAAAGAAUGGAAUUUACCUAGUUAAUUGUUCAAGGCCAGUUAUUUUUCAAGAAAUUUAUGCAUCUAUUUACGCAGUGACCACAUCUGCUGAUAACCAGCCUAUGUAUAAUAUUGAUGUGUCAGCUUCAGCACCACUAAGUAACCUUACUUUUACAAGGGAUCCUCCAAGAGCACCUAUUAUAUAUGCAAUGUUGUCAGAUGGGAUUCAUCCAAUUUUGUUCGCUGAAGUUACUGCUACAAUACGAGUUCAGGGAUUAGAAGAUAUUUAUUCAUUUGACCUUAAACUUUGGGACAAUGGUAUUGAAGGUGAUGUGACAGGCAGUGAUGGUACAUACUCAUCUUACCUUAUUGGAGUGGAGAGAGAAGGAAUUUUAACAAUUUCAGUUUCUGCUUCUGAUAAUAAUGGAACAGCCAUGAAAGUUGCAGCAGCAUCUCCUGCUUCUGUAUCUGCUGCACCAGUUGAUCCAGAUCUCAGCCUUGCUUGUUGCGGCAGCAGUCUCAGAAUACCAGAUGAUUUACUUACAAGCGCUGGAACAUUCAAUUUUAGUUCCAGUGAAGGUAUUCAUGGCCGGUCCACAGGCACCUUUCCAGAUGCAAAUGCAUAUCCUCCUGGACGUGUGACAGACUUGAAAGGCAUCAGAGUGGAUGCUGAAUUAACAUUAACCUUUACUGCCACUGGUGAAGAUUUCAAUGUGGGACAAGCCUCAUCUUACAAUGUGAAGGAUGUCUUAAACCCUGCUUUCCUUUUGCCGGUCAACAUUUCAGUGGAUGCCGGCACAACGAUAUCUACAGUAGUGAGUGUCAGUUGUAACACAAACUAUUCUUUUGUUGUUGAAGCUAUUGAUAGCAAGGGGAAUGCAAGUGAGCUGUCUAAUGAAGUGCAUUUAAUCUACAGUUGUGAUGAUGAACAACUUAAUGCAGGUACUAUUGUUGGUAUUGUUUUGGGUUGUGUAUUUUUAGUUAUAAUCCUCCUACUUCUGGUGUGCGCCAUUUUUAAACGUGACAAAGUAAAGGAAUCAAAAUUGGGUUCCAUAUUUAAAUGUACAUGCUGUAAGUGUUGUAGAAAAAAGGUUGACAACGAGGACAAAAAAAGAAGUCACCUUGUAACUUCUAGAAUAAAAAAUGAUAACGUUGAUAGUAGAAACCGCACACCUCAGAUUGAUGAUAGUGGUCAUAUUAGUUCUUCAAAUGCACCUGCCCCUAUUCGUGGUAUUAGAGAUAUACUCCGCAGACAUGAUAUGGACCAGAUGGCAAGAAGUGUUAGUGAUAUAGGAUCUCAAAGCGAUAGUGGAUUAAAUGUGGGAGUGAAUGAGAUAAGGGACGAUUCUAGCAUAGCAUCUUCAGUUCUUUCAAGUAAUAACCCAAGGUUUAACCCACGUAAUCAAGUUGGAAUCCCACCACAAAGACACCACCAGUUUCAUCAUCAAUAUGGUGAGCACGAUAAUUAUGCCUAUAAUGACUCUGAAAGUGGCAUAUAUAAAAUAUCACAUCCUACUGGGGUGAACAAGAAACCAAUUCUUCCACCAAUACAGCGAAGGAAUAUGACACAAGUUUAAUGGAAUAAAUGCAGCAUUGUUGCAUCAACAUACACUUUACUGUACUCAGUUGCCUAUAGCAGUGUUAUUUUAAAUUUUUCCCCUUGCAAUAUCAUUUUAACUUUACAUGUGUCAUUAUGCUAAACACCAUUAAAGAUGGCACCAAGGCACUGAUGCAGUAACUUUUAUCACCUUUUAGCAUUUUACUUGUCUUCUAGCACAAUAUAAGUAGAAAUGGCUGGAGUUGUCAAAGGGUGGUGGUGGUUUAGAGUUCUUUACUUUCAUUAAUAUAAUAAAAUUAAUCUGAUAAAUUGAUGUGGCAAUUUAGUGAUGAUUCCUUAGAAAUUAUUCUAGUUAUUACAGAAAGUAAAUACCAUGCUCAGAUUAUUCAAGGAUUAUGUACAAAUUAGCAUUAAAGAUUUUUCCAUACCAGUAGAAAAUGUACUAUGGGCUUGAAAAUGUUGCCUCAUUAACAAAGAUACUUGAGAAAAAUUGCUUAUGAGGACUUCUCUCAUGGUUUUGACUUGACUGUCAAAAUCUUUGUUUGCACUUCUGUGUAUACUUAAAAAAAGUCUGACCACAUAUUUAGUAAUGUUUGCCCACUAUAUAUACUCUGUUUUUUUCCAUCUGUCCAUCCGCCUGUGGUGUUUUUGUAUGGUAACACUGCGUCCCGGGCUUUAGAUAGUUACAUUCAACUUACAUUCAAUGAUUAUAAUAAUAUCCUAUUUCGAAUAUUUACGGUGUAAUUCGCAUACAGUAAAUUAUUAAAACACUUUUCAGUUGCAAAUGUACACCCAGAUAUCCUUUUAUUUACCUAAAACUUACACAUAGCGUAACUAUCUAAAGCCCUUGAUGCAGUGUUACCAUACAAAAACACCACAGGCGAAUGGACAGAUGAAAAAAAAACAGAGUAUAGUUAGUGGUUGGCUAAAACAAUAUUUCCAAACUGGUAAUAUAAUGGACCACUAAUCAUAUGGUGUGGUGGUUUCUGAGAGUAUAGUGAAAUUGUAACAUAUAUUUAAUUGUUUCAAAGCAUUUUUCCUGAUGGCAUUUUGAUAUAAUUGUGCAAUACAUUUUAUUUAGAGGAAUGUUUUUGUUUUAAGAGAAUGAAGCCAUUGUGUUAUAUAAACUGUAAUCGGUUAUGAAGAGGUUUAAUCAGAUUUGUGGUAUGUAGUCCUAUAAUAUGGUAUGUAGACUUAAUUUGCUGUACAAGAGAAUUUUAUGGAUGAUCGUUAUGAAGGGUUUCAGCAGCAGUUCUCCACUCACAGAAAACAUUCUGUGAUAUUUUGUUUUUGACAUUCUUAAGUGCUGAAUUUAUGCAUUUAAUUCUGGUGUGAAAAUAGAAAUAUUUUUGUUAAGGAGGAUAUAUAUAUAUAUUUUAUUAUGUAAAAUGUCAAAAAAUGCUGUAACUGUUACAUUUUGAACUGCAUAUUGUGGAGCUUUGUAUCUCACAUGUUCUAUUUAUUGUUAUGAUGCUUAGAAGUGUAUGCAUACAUUUGGGAUAAGUAAUGUUGAGCACAGAUUCUGACUUGACAGGUUGACUAAAUAGGAGGCACUUCUAAUUCAAGAUGAAAUCUGAACCUCUCAUUUACUGAGUCAUCAAGAUAAUUAUCUCUGAUUGAAGUUAGGAGGAUGGUUACUUACAGAAAUAAGUUUUUGUUCAAAAUUCUUGUGAUGGAAGAAUGAUUUGCUUGUAUGUAUGUUGAUAGUAAUGGAGAUGAUGUAAAAGUAUUGUCAAUUCUUAAUCCUUCAGUAUGAGAAGAUUUUACAUUUUUAAUGUAAAGUCAGAUGCUGAUCCUAUAUUUGACUUAGUUUAUUACUGAUUUUGAUUAAAGAAUUUUUAUGCUUACUUUUUAUCAAUGCAGUUUGAGCUUUCCAGUUUAGAUAUGUAUCAAAUUUUAGACUUAAGGACUUGAUUGUUUGACUUGUGAGUGUUGAUCUUCAUGAUCACAACUCAGGAUUGAAAUUGAGCUGAGACAGCCCAUGAGACAUCUUGAGUUAUGGCCAACUUAAGGAUUUGUUUUGCUUGUUGCAAAUAUAAUAUGGCUAGGUCAUCCAUAUAAACAUUGUAUUUUACCCAAGUAAGUAACUGUUUUGUGAUGUACUGUAAUAUAAAUAUUGUGCUA